CGCGGGAGCCCGCGCGGGGGGUCGAGGCGCGCGCCGUCGGGGCUGCGGGGCGCGCGGCCAUGGACCUGUGGCCGUGGCUGACGGCGGCGCUGCUGCUGCUGCUGCUGCUCGUGCAGCUGAGCGGCGCGGCCCGGUUCUACGCCAGGAUCUCCCUGUACUGCGCGCUCUGCUUCUCGGCCUCCGCCCUGGCCGCGCUCGUCUGCCUGCUGCGCCACGGCGGCCGGACGGUGGAGAACAUGAGCAUCAUCAGUUGGUUUGUCCGGAGCUUCAAGUACGCGUUCGGCAUUCGCUUUGAGAUAAAGGGGCGUCAGAAGCUGGAGGUGGACCACCCGUGUGUCAUCAUUUCUAACCACCAGAGCAUCCUGGACAUGAUGGGCCUUAUGGAGGCCCUGCCCCAGCGCUGCGUGCAGAUCGCCAAGCGGGAGCUGCUCUUCAUGGGGCCCGUGGGGCUCAUCAUGUACCUCGGGGGUGUCUUCUUCAUCAACCGGCAGCGCUCCAGGACCGCCAUGACGGUGAUGACCGAAGUGGGCCAGCGCAUGGUCAGGGACAACCUCAAGGUGUGGAUCUACCCUGAGGGCACGAGGAACGACAAUGGGGACCUGCUGCCUUUCAAGAAGGGUGCCUUCUACCUGGCGAUCCAGACCCAGGUGCCUGUCAUCCCCGUGGUUUACUCCAGCUUCUCCUCCUUCUACAACCAAAAGGCAAAGCUCUUCACCGCAGGAACGAUCAAGGUGGAGGUGCUGGAUGCCAUCCCCACCAGUGGCCUCACUGUCGCUGAUGUCCCCAAGCUUAUGGAUACCUGCCACCAGGUCAUGAGGACCACCUUCCUCCGCAUCUCCAAGACGCCCCAGGAGAACGGGGCCACGGCGGGGCCUGCUUCCCAGCCCACCCGCUAGCCGACGUGGGGCAGGACCUGGCGGCCGGACGGGGCGGGCCAGGGGGCGGGGCCUGACUGCAGACCUGACCGAGGGACCUCCUCCCCCGCCCCAGCUGCUAAAUGUCACUGUGUCCUGCUCCUGCCUGGGUCUCCCACUUUCAUUCGGGCCCCAGAUGCAGGACACUGCUUCCUGUCACCAGCCUCGGAUCCAGGCCUCCGAUGUUCCCUAAAAGGAGAGUCCGCUGGAGCCUCCUCAGAGCCCCCGCUGUGUCUCCAGGACCCGGGAGUGGGUUCAGGCCCAGACGGGCUGACAGCCGCAGGGCAGACAGCCAGAGCCGAGACCCUUCACCCUGCUGCCCGGGCCAGCGGGGUACAGGGUAGGGCGUGGCCUUCCAGGCCCUCCAGGAGUGGGGGCCAGGCACCCAGUCCUGUGCGUCCAGGGCCUCAGGGAGAGCCAGAAAGCAGGGGUCCUUGCUCUGCUGGCCUCAGGGAGCAAGACCGCCGACCGGGCACUGCAUUCCGUUGUUUUUUAUAAAAGGAAUCUGGGAAGUG